AUGGAGGCAGAAGAAGAUCACAUGGGGAGCACGGGCCUCACCUUCAUCCUACUCUUUCUCAUCACUCUGCUGUUCACCAUAGCAACCACUGCUUUCAAGUGUAAAUCUCUCCCCAAUAUCUCAGGACAGCGGGUUGUCUCUCCAAACGUCACGUUACACCCAGUUUGGCAGGGUGAAUUCGGGAAGUCACCAAUCAGACUCAUCUGCAACAUUCAAGGCUUCUUUCCAGACCAACUGAGUGUGGAGUGGAAGCAGGAAAACCAAGCUCUAAACGUUGUGCAAACCCAAACCAAGCUUCAGAGUGUGGAGGGAGAGGAGAAAACCUUCAGUCUGAGCAGUGAGAUUGAGCCAGAUAUGACUGAGUGGGCACAGGGCUCAAGUUUUACGUGCACAUCUGUUCACAUCAAUCAGAGGUUUAUGAAGACCACAAGAAUUUGUCAAUAUCAAGCAGCAGCCUCUCCUUCCAUCAACGUGGAGAUUCCCAGCUUCAAGAAAGUCAUGACGGAAGAAUCUCCCCUAAAAGCAACAUGUUUUGUCCACACUGGUCUUAAGGCCAAGGUGACGUGGCUGCUGAAUGAGGGAGACCCAGCGGGUGGCACCGUGACACAGGACACCAACACAACUCAUUCAGUCAGUGAACUGACGCUUCCUUCAAGUCGAUGGAAACAACUCAAGUCUAUAACAUGUCAAGCUGACCACAAGUGCUUCUCCUCUACUAAGAAGACUGUGCAAAUCGCAGAGCCUGCAGUUACAGAUCCAUUGAUUGAGAUCAGGAGAUCUCUGAAAGACCUGCUGAAAGGAGACAGCGCCGUGCUGGAGUGUGAUGUCACGACACUCUGGUCACGUGACCUGUACGUCACCUUUCAAGCCAACGGUGUUGACAUCUCCGACAAACAGUAUGUUGAACUUCCUGCAGCCUCGAGCCUCCUUUCAGUCAGUAGAAGAUUCUCUGUCCCAUCAAGUGAGUUGAAGAAAGACGCAAGUUUCACCUGCAAAGUGAAUCAAGGAUUCUCCAACAGCUUUGAGUCAAACUCCACAGGCAGUUUCUUUGUGGAGCCAUCGAUGGCACUUCUUCUGGCCCCCGGUGAAGACUCAGGACCACAGAGACUCCUGUGCUUUGCUUGGGGCUUCAACCCUCAAGUGAAGUGGUCUUCAGAGUCCGAGCACAGACCUCAAUCAACUAAUGACGUCAGCAUGGGUGAAGAUGGACGCGUGGCGGUGACCAGUCAUCUCCACGUCCCUCAAACAGAGUGGAGAACAGGGAAGGUCUUCACGUGUGAAGUAUCUGACAAGUCUCUGAACGCAAGUGUGAGGAAGCACAUCAGCCUCUGCUCAGUAACUCCUGCGUCAUCUCAGAUAGUCGGCGUCUACGUUCAGGGACCAGCAGCAGAAGAGCUUCUGAACAAGGGACAGGUGACUAUCACCUGUCUUCUGGUCGGUCCUUCUCUCAAUGAUUUCUCCGUGACCUGGAAAGUAGGUGAGAACAAUCAUUCCCACGAUGGCCAUGAGGAUUCUCCAGUGAGUCACAGCAACGGUACAGAAACUGUGCAGAGCUUCUUCAAUGUGUCAGCGGCGGAUUGGAAUGGAUUCAAACAAGUGUCUUGUGAGGCAAAGCACCGAUGCUCCAAACUGGGCCACGAGGAUCAAAUAACCAAAAGCAGAGAGCUGCAUCCACCAACAGUGAAGAUAACACCACCCACUGUGGAUGACCUUUCUACCUCCGACCCCCUUGCAAUUAUUUGCCAAGUCUCUGGAUUCUUCCCGUCUGGUAUCCGAGUGUACUGGGAGGAGGAGGGCCAGAGACUGCCUCCGACUCACUUCACCAACUGUCCAACAUGGAAAUACACCGGGAGCAGCACGUAUUCCAUGAUCAGCAGACUGAACGUCUCAAAAACCAACAACAAGGCGUCUACGUAUUCUUGUGUUGUCAGACACGAGUCAUCGGAAACGCCUUUUGAAAGCACUAUAAAGGACGUCUUUGCCACAGUGACCCACAGCAAACCCUCAGCGACCUUGCUUCAGGGCUCCGGUGAGCUUGUGUGUCUGGUCUUUGGCUUCAGCCCUGCAACCAUUAACAUCACUUGGUUUCUUGAUGACACCAAGGGACUGUUGGACUACACCACUAGUGAACCCCACAGAGGCCCAGAUGGAACGUUCAACAUUCAAAGCCACCUAAAUGUGUCCCGAGUCAUGUGGUUACCUGGCGCCAACAUCACCUGCAGGGUGACACAUGCAAACAUCACCCUGUCCCUGGAUGUCUCUAAACCAGACUCCUUGAAGGACUGUCAUUUCUUCGAUGACAUCAUGCAUGCUGAAGUGAACCAGGACACAGGUGUGGAAAGCUGGUAUUUUGGGUUCACUUUCCUGGUUCUUUUCCUCACCUCCUUUAUCUACGGUGUCUCAGCCACCAUGAUUAAGACUAAAUGAUGAUGAACCCUGGACAGAUCUCAUCAUAUAAUAAUGUUUUGGUUUUCUUGUUUGAAAAUUUAAGUGAUUCACGUACAUCGUUAUUAAAUGUUAUUCAACCGGUUUCUUCGUUAGGGCUAUAAAUGUGUUUUAUGAUGUGUGCAGUGCAUCUGUUUAAGAGGUAAAUUCCUGACAAUAAUAAAUAAAUAGAAUACACAUUGAUGUGAUUCAAACACCAAUGAAAUGAACAUAUAUAUUGUAUAUGUACUGAUGAUUUCAUUAGAUGCUGUAUUGCAAUAAGUGCAAAAGGAGUAAUUCUACCAUGUAAACAAUUUUUUCCAUUAAAAGACGU